CAUUCAUUCAAUCAGUCAUGUAGCAGUUUCCAUCCGCGUACGUCGUCGAUCCUUGAAGCCCCAAUCACUUUCACUGAGUGGGGCUCUAAGCUUUUCCUCUUUCGUGAAUACGUGAAACGUCGGUCGAUUUUCGAUAAUUUGAGGAAUUUAGGACAAGUUUACGGGAUUUUAGUGUUGAAAUGUGUUACAAGUUGCUUAAAAGUUAUGAAAGUGUAGUUUAUUGUUUCAGUUCACAUUUUUAUGACCAGGCGAUUGAUGGUCAUUUUGACAGGUCAAUGUUUUGGUAGUGCUUGGGAAAAAUAAACGGGAGUUCAUGUGUCUACGUGCCAAGUGUGCUAUUCCAACGAUAGAUGACAAAAUGUGUAAAUUACAAUGUUGGAAAUGGCUCAAAUGGAAUCUACGAGUCCCAUAAGUCAAGGUCCGAAUCCACGCCAACGAACGGUGCUCCCAUUCGAACCGCCACAUCCCAAACGCUUUGAAACGAUUCAAAACGUUUCCAAACGCUUGGCAGCCGUCAUGCGGUUGGCGCGUUGCUUCCGUUUUGGUGACGCUUCGCUUCGUCACACACGUCACCUUUGGAGCGUCGCCUUGAAAAGCUCCCCGCUAGCAAAAAGCUCCCGCUCCCGCAUCGGACGCGCUCGUCUCGUCCCGCUUUCGCGUACGGUUCACAAGCGGGCGUCGUGCGAGUGCGAGUGGGACAGUCACAGUGGUGCAGCGCGCCGUUGGCUGACGAAAUACAACCCUCGCUCGGUGGGCUGGCUGCUGCUGGUAGUGAGCAGAAAAAAGUGUAGAAUCGUCAUACUCGUGUGAGAUCAGUCCAUCAGAUAGGACGUAGAAGCAGCGCAUUUUUUCGAAGGCUCUGUGAAGAUUGGAAAAUUUCCCUGUUCUGCGGCUGGAUUUUGGCCGUUUGGAGUGCGAAAACCUGCGGAAUGGUCCGUGCGGGUGUUCAUUGAGGUGUGAUUAGUGCGUGAAACGUAAGUGCUACUGCGUAAAACAUCCCAAGUGGAGUGUGGUGCGGUGAUGAAAAUCUAUUUCCAAAAGCGAAAUGCGCUUCCUGCUUCUUGGCUAGGGUUUUUUUUUUCGCCGUCUCCCGUGAGACGUGAGUUGGAAGUGUGAGAGGAUUGGUGAGACGGUGAUAGUCGAGUGUCCGUGGAUGCAGUGAAGGGAAGAAAAAGGAAGGAAAAAUCGUAAUCCAUUGCAAAGCUGCGGGACUUUUGCGUUUAUUCGUCGUCGUUGUUCGGCAGUCGGAUAGGAAAGGCAGCAUUGCGCGAAGGGAAGCAGCAGCAGAAGCAAAUUGAACCCUGAAUUUUGUGGCGAACAGCAGCCGGAAUCGAUUGAAGGAGUUCCGAAUCGACCGCGAGCAAAUUUCCCUCCGGGUGGAUCGCAGUGACCAGUGUAAACCAUUUUCUUGCAUAAUUCCCGAGGCGAAAGCCAAGUGUUCCGACAAAGUUUUAAGAAGGUCCGGAUAAAGGAAAAAAUUGAAAUUUUCAACCGCAGCGAAGAACCGACGGGAAAAAGAUUUUUUUGUCGAGUGUGAGAAAGAAGAGACGUGUUCGCAGCAACUUCACAAACCGUGCCGUGCGCCAGUGUUGGUGAGAGGUGUUUCAGGAGGCGUUCUGCUGUGCACGUGCGAGAGUGUGCGUGCAAUUUGCCAAGCGAGCAGCGUGGCGAUGGGCCAAAGAUCGUGCCUCGGUGGCCGCUCGGUGGACCUGGUUGCUGGCGCAGAUCUCCGACCUCGAGUAUCGCAUCCGGCAGCACAACGAACUGCACAACAAAAUCAAAGUCAACAAAGGUGCAGUCACCCUGGAGGACGCAUCCUACUCAUUCAAUCAACCUCCCUCGCAGCAGUCGGUCAACGGAUACCGGGGCACCCUGCCCGGUAACAGCAAACCGUUGGACGACAGUUACGACUCCACCGCAAUGGGCAGUGGCGGUCAUAACGGAGCGUACGACCAGAGCGGUGGCUCCUGUCGAACGCGGCCCUUCCAUCGGAACGGAUUCCGAAAGCGGAAACUGCUGCAGACUGCAAAUCUGCACACAAUUUCCAAGAAGGCUGCGCGACCAAGUACUGUGAAAUGUGGCUGUGCGUGGCCGUUACACCCGUGUGCGUUGUGUACCGGCCGACAAGAUCCUACUGCACCUCGAGACCUACCUGACACGAUGCCGGCGUCGGACAGGGUGGCACUACUAGACCCCUGCUUCCACCCAGUGUUAAGUUUCCCCGAAGACGUCUCCCACAGUAUACACUUCGAGGCGAUCAUGCGGAUACCGGAGUGGCAGAACAAGAUGAUCCGGUGUACGGCAAAAUCGCUCAGCAAAAGUAUCGCGCAGAAGAGUGGGUUCACCUCGACGGGUUCGUCGCCGCCCUGCGGCGUGUUACCUUCCAGUGCCACUCCGUCGUUCCUUUCGUCCGGGGACGAGGCAACGACGUCGCUUUCCGUCAGCGGCGGCAACAAGAAGUACGGUCCGGACGGCAAGCGGAAGUACAACAAACACAAGCACAGCGGAGGAAGUCCGCUGGAUCAGCCGAAUCACAAACUCAAAAAAUCGAAAUCUCGACAAAAUCUCUUGCUGGCCAGCGGCGGCAGCCGGAAGUCCUCGUCCGCCGGUGGAUAUCCUCCCAGUGCCAGUGGCCAGUACGGCAUUUCCAGUGGAUACGGUGCCACUCCGGGGGCCAGCUCGAACAAGUACUACAAAAGUUCCAGCAGCAAGUACCGGAAAUCGUCGCACUCGUCGACGACGACAGCAAUGCCGGCCAUCGGUGGCCACAGUCGGUACAACAGCGGUGGGUACGACUACAUGGAUCCCACCGGGAUGCAACAGGACGGAGCCGGCAGCGGUAGCAGCAGGAGCAAGAACUCUUCGCCGACGCCGAACCAUCACCGGAACGAGAGGAAAAACCGUACGUCGUAUGACAUUGAUAAUAUUGUUAUUCCGUACAGCGUAGCCGCCGCAAAUAGGGUGGAAAUCCUGCAGUAUAAGGAAAUUACCACACCAAAAUGGCGCGUUGUAGACGAUAACGAGGACUCAACCGACUUGGACGGUACUAUCACGAAUAAGACCCACGACACUACGGCGGAUUCGGGCACCCUCAAUACUAGUCAACCCCUGAAAGCGGAAACGGGCGAUAAGCAACCCCUGAAAGUACCUGCGGCGACCGGCACCACUGCCGUCAAACCAUCCCAGUCGGUGUCGGUUCCGGUGUUACCAUCCUCUGCUGCUGCUGCUGCCAUCUUCGCUUCCGGUCCUAACAAAUCGGCAUCCGAAGGCCAAUUGAUCGUGCUACCGGCCAUCGACGAGGAGGACAUCUCCGAUGAGACCAUUCUGGUGAAGCACGACCGAGCCCUGCAGGACGAGCGGAAGAAAUUCCAAACGUACAUGAAGUUCCCCUGGAGCAGGCCCCGAGCGAAUCGACGAAUCGACAGCCGAGCGGAAUCGAGUGGUGGUAACACUCCGGAUCCAACAUCCCCGGCGCCACCGACUCCGCUGGUGGAUCAUGAGUCCAACACAUCUCCUGCAUGUCCCUCAACGCCACUCACACCACUAGAUUCCCUGGAGCUGUCUGAAACGAACGUGAUCAACGCUCUCAAUCAAAGUCUCAACAAGAAAGAGCGAAGACGAACCGUUUCCUCCAAAACCCCGCGGGAGGAGCUUCCACGCAGUAGUUCGCCAGAAAUUCGAGAGAUUAUUCCACCGUACGAACCGUUGCAGUUCCCCCUGGCGGACGAAAUCUACGAAGACAUGGUUCGUACGAUGCCCAGUGACCACCUCGCCCUGGUGGAAGAUGCCAUAAGUAAGCUGACACGACCGAACCGAACCAACAAUAACGUUCUGCUGAUCAACCGGAACAACCUGAAUCUGGUUCCGUCGAGCAGUGGCCAUAUCGAGAACCCCCUGAGCUCGAACCUUUCCACCACUUCGACGACCCUGUCGGCCACCGAAAACGAUCUGGAUGAUUUGGACUGCGAGGAAGAAGAACUGCUGCAGGCCAAAAAGGUGGAGAACCAGAUCAUCAUGGAGAAACUGCUCAAGAAUUGCGACGAAAACCGGAUGUUUGUAGGAGUCCGAGAAGUACUGGACGAUGACGAUCCGAUGGAUGACGAGGAAACCGACACCGGCGAAUCGUUAUUUGUGGAAGAAGAUGAUCCCAACGAUCCGGAAUGGUACGAUCGACCGGGACGGGGACGAACGUAAAUUGUUACCCAUCCGCUAUCAUCAUCAUUGUGUUUUGACUGGCCGAGGAAGGCUCUGAUCUCGAUCGCCGCAGGAGUUUGGUUUCUUAAUUUCUUUCUUUCUCCUUGGUCACAGCUUUUUUUGUUUUAAUUUUUAACUUACUAGGUCCUAACUAAAUAGCAUUCUCCAGUAACUGUUUGUACAGUUUUAUAAGAAUUCGUGUUUAAGAGAUGUACUAUUGAGGAAACAAAAUAACACAGAGGAAAAAAAUGCUGAUCUUAUUACUACUACGCUAUGUCAAAAGUUAUUUCACCAUAAGCGACAAACCCCAAACACGAAAUGAUUUUAUAUUUGGUUCGUGGUAAUGCUGUUUUAACGCAGGUGUUACUACAUUAUUGGAUUAAGCUGACAAAAAUCUCUCACCACAGAUUGCCGGGCAUUAUUAUUACUCUCAACACAUUAAAAUUAGGACAAAAUACUACAUAAUAAUCACAUAGGGGCAAUGUCCCAACGUAAACAAAAA